CCAUGUCAUAUUCUUGUAGGCGGGAAUUUCCCCUACACGAAGUACUAAUUGGGUUCUUUUUUAUUCAAGAAAAAACAAGAAAAAAUCUACAGACAAAGGUCGGUGAAUAAUUUUGGCGGCCACUGUAUUAACAACCUAUCGAUUUCUUUAAAGUAGCAAUUAACCAGAAAAAGAAAUCAAAGGCGGUGAUUGGCUUUUCCACUUGUUUUGGCCUACUGCUUUUUCGACUUAAUUUUGAGCGGAUUUUGUAGAGAAAACGAUUUUACACAUUUAUUUUCGAACAUCCUCUAUCUGGUGAUCGUCUUUCAGCGAUCAUGUUUCCUCAUUUUAACCCAUAAAUAAGAGAGAAUGCAACUAGCCUUUAGUAUAGAAAAAUAGCUCUUGAAAAGCUCUACAAUAUCUGUUAAUAGAAAACUUAACGAAGCCUGGCAGCGGUUUUCGUGUAUAAAUACUUUGCCCGUUAAUCCCACAGUGAGUCCAAAAAUUGUUCGCCAACUUUAUUUUUCAUUUUUCUCAUCGACCAUAAUAGCUAAAUAAGUAGAAUAAAUCUAAAAAAAGAUUUGAACAGCUGAAACAAUUUCCUAUCUCAAGUGAUGUAUAACUUACAAAGGUUCCAUCAAAACUUCUGAAAUUCGGGCCUCUGAAAAACCCAAAUCUCAGAAAACAAGUCCCGGAGUUCAAUCUAGAAAUUCUUCGUAAAUAAGUUGAUCGUGUAGAGUAAACAUUUCUGAAGAAAAUGACACGUCUCCGAGCUCUUUAUGACAUUUUCUCAUGAAGCAGCAUUCAAUUUACAGAAGGCCCUGAGGAGGUAUCUUCUUGUUUUAACGUUAGUUUUGCUGCUAUGGGCCUUCCAAGUCUCCAUAAGGUUACAAUGGUACAUAUGCACUUCAAAAUGUGUAAAGUCGUUUUCUCUACAAAAUCUGAUCAUAACUAAGUCGGAACGGAGUGUUUUCUAAAGAAUAGAAGAACUUAUAGAGCAUUAUAUACCAAUUUUUUAUAUUGGACAAAUAAAGAACUAUUUUCGUUUUUAUUUUUCGAGUUCUCCAUAAGCUUGUAGAAUAUGUUUUUUUUGCAAUCAAUCUUCAGAAAAUUAGCUUAAAACCGUUAAACGAUGUUGUUUUAGCUGGAAUACUAAAAAACUUUUAUAUGAAUUGCGUUCAAGACGAGAUGAACUGGAAAAACUUCGCGAAGAAGCUAUUAGUCGAUUAAGAAGUAUUCAUAAUCGAAUAUCAUUACGGCGGAAAGAAGCAGAUGCAAAAGCAUUUGUCGUUCAAGCGUGUUCACAAAAGUCAGGUGAAUUCAAGGCUUUGGAGUUGGCUCAGUUUAUUAAUGAAAAAUAUUAUGAAUUAACAGGAAUUAAAAAACAAAUUGGCGAUGAUUUCAUAAGAUCGGAAAGAAGUUGUCAUCUCGAUCUUCGCAGAUGGGAAGCUAAAUCUGAAGCGAAUUCACAACGCCCGUAUUUUGAAGGACAUGAAAGGGACGAUGUAGUGAAACACCGUAAUGAAUUUAUUGGUUAUUUUUUAGCGCACAAAGAUUAUUACUACACAAUUACAGAUGGUGAAAUAUCUAUGUGGAAAAUUCCGAUCCAAAAUCCGCAUAGAAUACUUAUAUUUCAUGAUGAAUCAACCUUUAGAAGUGGUGAAGUUAGUCCAAAACGUUGGUUUUUUGGAGAAAAUACACCGUUUUUUUCAAA